AUGUCUUUCAUUAAAUCUGGUGGAAGGGGUAUUUCCCAAUCCAUUAAAUCAAUGACUCAAAGAAGUUACUCUACUGGUGGUGCUGCACCAAUGAGCCGUUUGGAACCAAACAAGAAGGUCAACUACGAGGGUAUCGAUAAGAAGCUCAAACAGUUCAGAUUGCACCACAACAAACCAUUGACUUUGGCAGAGAAGAUUCUCUACGGUCACUUGGAAGACCCAUCAACCAAGGUCGAGAGAGGUAUCACCUACUUGAAGUUGCACCCAGACAGAGUUGCCAUGCAAGACGCCACUGCCCAGAUGGCCGUUCUCCAAUUCAUGUCGGCCGGUCUACCAGAGACCGCCGUACCAACCACCAUUCACUGCGACCAUUUGAUCGAAGCCUACAAGGGUGGUGAAAAGGAUUUGGCCACUGCCAAAGACAUCAACAAGGAGGUCUACGACUUUUUGGCUUCAUCGGCCGAGAAGUUUGGUAUGGGAUUCUGGAAGCCCGGAUCCGGUAUCAUCCAUCAAAUCGUUUUGGAGAACUAUGCUUUCCCAGGUGGUUUGAUGAUCGGUACUGACUCUCACACACCAAAUGCCGGUGGUUUGGGUAUGAUUGCCGUCGGUGUCGGUGGUGCUGAUGCCGUCGACGUCAUGGCCGGUAUUCCAUGGGAGCUAAAGGCUCCAAAGAUUAUCGGUGUCAAGUUGACCGGUCAACUCAAGGGAUGGUCAUCACCAAAGGAUGUCAUCUUGCGUGUUGCUCACCUCUUGACUGUCAAGGGUGGUACUGGUGCAAUCGUUGAGUAUUUCGGUCCAGGUGUCGACACUUUGUCUGCCACCGGUAUGGCCACCAUCUGUAAUAUGGGUGCUGAAAUCGGUGCCACCACCUCGAUCUUCCCAUUCAACCAACGUAUGGUCGACUACUUGAACGCCACCGAGAGAUCCGGCAUUGCUCAGAACGCCUUGAAGUUCCGUGACAACUUGGUUGCCGAUCCAAACGCCCACUACGAUCAAUUGAUCGAGAUCGACCUCAACACUUUGGAGCCAUACGUCAACGGUCCAUUCACCCCAGAUCGUGGACACCCAUUGUCGCAAUUCGCUCAAUCCGUCAAGGAUAACAACUGGCCAAAGGAAUUGAUGGUCGGUUUGAUCGGUUCCUGCACCAACUCCUCCUACGAGGAUAUGUCUCGUGCUGCCUCUGUCGCCAAGCAAGCUUUGGACAAGGGUAUCAAGUCAAAGGCUGCCUUCACCAUCACCCCAGGUUCAGAGCAAAUCCGUGCCACCAUUGAGCGUGACGGACAAAUGAAGACUUUCGAGCAAGUCGGUGGUGUCGUAUUGGCCAACGCCUGCGGUCCAUGCAUUGGACAAUGGAAGAGAGACGACAUUGUCAAGGGACAAAAGAACUCUAUCAUCACCUCUUACAACAGAAACUUUACCGGUAGAAACGACUCCAAUCCAAACACCCAUGCUUUCGUCGCUUCACCAGAGAUCGUCACUGCUAUGGCCAUCGCCGGUGACCUCACUUUCAAUCCAGUCACCGACUACUUGGUCGACUCCAACGGACAAAAGUUCAAGUUGGAUCCACCACGUGGAGAUGAAUUGCCAUCACGUGGAUUCAAUCCAGGUGAAGACACCUACCAACCACCCUCAAAGGAUGCCGCCGGUAUCAAGGUCAAGGUCGACCCAGCUUCACAACGUCUCCAAUUGUUGGAGCCAUUCAAUAAAUGGGAUGGUGGAGAUUUGCUCGACAUGCAAGUCCUCAUCAAGGUCCAAGGUAAGUGUACCACCGAUCAUAUCUCUAUGGCCGGUCCAUGGUUGAAGUACCGUGGUCAUUUGGACAACAUCUCCAACAACAUGUUGAUCGGUGCCAUCAACUCUGAGAACGGAAAGGCCAACGCCGUCUUGAAUCAAUUCACUGGAGAGACCGCUCCAGUCCCAACUGUCGCUCGUGACUACAAGAAGCGUGGUGUCUCCUGGGUCGUCGUCGGUGACGAAAACUACGGUGAGGGUAGCUCUCGUGAGCAUGCCGCUUUGGAGCCACGUCACUUGGGUGGUCGUGCCAUCAUUGUCAAGUCAUUCGCUAGAAUUCACGAAACCAAUUUGAAGAAGCAAGGUAUCUUGCCACUCACUUUUGCCAACCCAGCCGACUACGAUCGUAUCACUGGUGACGACAUCAUCUCAAUCGUCGGUGUCAAGACCCUCACCCCAGGUAAGCCACUCAAGUGUAUUGUUAAGAACGCCAAGACUGGAAAGGAAUUCGAAAUCACCCUCAACCACACCAUGAACGAAGGUCAAAUUGAAUGGUUCAAGGCUGGUAGUGCUCUCAAUUACAUCAAGAAGAACAAGCAAUAA